CUGAGUUCCAGCGCUCAAUUCCGAUCAAGGCCACUUGGUAUGUUUUGGCUGCCGUUGAGCUUCGCAUGUUUAUCUGACCUGGUUUUUACAAUCACGGUAUUUUGUGUGAUGAAGUAGUUUAUUACUAUGUCGUCGCGACGUGAUUCCUGUUUAAGAUUUAGUAAACCUCACCAUUCUUGGAAAAACUUAUACAAAGUUGAAGGUGACCCUAUUGGACGGUAUGUUUACUUUUGGAUUAAAAGUUUGUAUAGUGGUUAUGCCGGGAAAGUUUACAAAAUUACUACUGGUAACAUGGAGCUACUGGAUCCUUUGAUAGUGACGAAGUCCCAGCUCACAGCAACAAUGUAUUCAGAAAGUGCUUAUACUGGGCCCGGAGAAUAUUUAGCUUGCAAAGUCAUCCGUAGGUUUCGUGGAGGAAAGGAUACUAUUGCAAAAAUUACCUCUGAAGUUCAAGCUAUGGUCAGUUUGCAAAGAAAUCAUCUUAAUACUUAUCAUAACUCUGUGUAUAAUAAGCCAUCUGAAAAACCUUCCAGAAUUUGUAACCAUCAAGUUCCUCCUAAAUCAGCCUCACCUAAGCUGUUUGCAGUUUAUAAAGACUCAAUGGAAGUUGCUAUUAUCAUGGAGUAUGCUAGUGGUGGAUCUUUAUACGACUUGUGUAGAUCUGCUUACCCAUAUGACUUUGCUGCUAGUUCAACCAGUUCUCCUUGCGGUGAUUUAUCCAUUCCUAAUUCUGGUGUUUCUAAUUCACACACAACAAUCCCACAGUCGAAACACCCUGGUUCAUUUGAUGGAUUGUCUGAAUCAUAUAUUCGUCAACUACUAAUCAGCAUCCUUGAAGCUUUGGUCUACAUGCAUGAUAAUCUUAGGAUGGUUCACCUAGAUGUUAAGGCUGAAAAUCUUUUACUGCGUCAACCCUAUCCGUCUACUGAUGUAUUUUUCACAGAUUUCGGUUUAGCGACCAUAUUAACUGAAGGUAAACAACAUCGAGAGCUUGCAGGAACUCCUGAUUAUGUUGCACCGGAAAUUAUUAACUAUGAUCCUAUCACAUUUGCUACAGAUAUGUGAAAAUAUUUUGUUUGCUUCCAUAGUGUAAUCACAAGAAGAAACUAAUGUACUUUCUUUAUUCUUCUUCUCUCAUUAAAAGAUAAGUUUUAUCAUGUCAAAUUUUAUUUGUUUUUAAAAGUACAUUUAAUAAAUAAUUAAUGUAGAGAAAUUAGAAUUAAAUUAUUUAUGUAUUUUAUUAUUUAUCAAAUUCGUCAAUCAUAAUAUACUUAAGUAGUAUAAGUAUAUUUCUUGUUUAUUUGGGGGGGAUUUGCAUUUUUUUUUGUAUGUAUAGAUCUUUAACUUACCGUUUCAUGUUUUAAUUAUUAUGAACCCUUAAUAAUAAUAGUAAUAAUAAUAAUAAUGUUUUGUUACUAUAUGAACACACAAAUAUUGGUACAAGAGGGCACCAAAUAUAUAUGCUCCACACCAGAUUUUUGUGUGUGGGUUGUGAUACUGCCCGGGUGCCCAGACCGAAGCAGGUGGUUUUCUUAGUAGUCCACACCCCGAGCCUUUGACCUAAAGGUCUGAUCCACAAGGCAGUGGAGCAUCGUGAGGAGAUGUAGUCCCAUGGUAGCCGGUGACCAAUGAUUGGUUCAUACACCAUUUGUUCCCUUAGGAUACCGGAGCCCAUGUGCACCAUUGGUUUGGGAUCCGGUUAAAGUGCCGGACAUUCGCUUUUCGUCCUCUCAAUUUCGUAAACAACACCCCUACCUCGAGAAGGCAGUGAGUAGCACUUCCCUGGCAGAAGCUGUAUACGCGUGGCCGUGUGAGAGUAUUUCGAGAGAGAUGGUGGACCCACUCAACUCUCGGCCAUACCAGGGCAUUUGGGGGCACAACUAUAUGAAACUCUCAACUUUAUUUGUGUACUAUUACAAUAAAUAUCCGUUUAAAAUGUAAUCCAAUUAUAAUUAUUCAGAAAAAAUGUUUUAUUAUGUAUUUUUCAAUAGUCCAUAUCUACUACUUAUCUGUAGUUACAAGAGAUUGUUAUCAAUUCAUCUACUGUAACUAUAUACAUUUUUGUUUGAUUCAUCAUAUAUAUAUAUAUAUAUAUAUAUAUAUAUAUACGAUAUAUAAAUUCUUAUCAAUUAAAACGAUAAAUAUAAAGAAAUAUACAUUAAGAACUAUUGUGUUUUUAUUAGGAUUUCCCAGUAUUUAUCAUUUCAAUAAUUUAUAAGUUUUUUAUAAAUAUCUUGAGAGUACAUACAAUAUACAUUCAUAGUUAUUCAGUUCAAAUGACAUUAAUAACAGAAAAGUCGAUUAAAAUAUCUACACAAAUGAAAAUACGUAUAAUAAACAAUUGAGCAGAUCUUUGAUCACAGUAGGUCAAUCAGAUAUUGUCAAAUCAUUGGUGAAGAAAUCCCAAUUUCUGAUUAUUUCGCCGUAUCAUCUUUCCUAUUUUAAAAAAGGUUGGUUUUUUGAAUUUAACUGACAGUGUUGAAAUUGGGUGCACAUUAACAUACAUAAAUAGUUCGAGUAUUUCUCUCUUUCCCUCUCUCUCUCUAUUGAUUAUCCUUUUGUUAAACAGAAAAAUUGUUAAAAAAAAACACAACAUAAUUGAUCCUCUAUAAUAUCAUAUCUAGCUAUCAUAUAUUUGAUACUAUUAUAAAGAGAAUUAAUAUUGUAGAGUACACGGAACUGGUCAAAAAUAUUAUUAUCGAUAUGGGGAUUUGUGAAGACUGCAGUACUUUUACUGUUGAAUUCACAAAUUGAUCUAAACUGAGGAGCCUCAUGUUAGGAUGAAACGGCUGUCCAGUGUUUCCAGGUUUUCAAUGGUGGUCUGGCUUAGAUCGACUCGUGAAUCCGACCGUCAAAAAUAUUGUUGUUUGUACUUAAACAUAUAGCAUUAAAGAAAUUUAUUUAUAAGUUGUUGAAAUUCUAUGUAUCGAUUUCCUCACAGUAUUCAAUAAUUUGACAUUUAAUAAAACGAUUAUUAUUAUUGCUAUCGUGAUCACUAAAAUAGUAGAAUAUUGAUUAUCCAAUUAAUAAUUUACAAUGUUUAUGACUUAAAUCGGGACUUUUCUUUUAAAUUUUAUCUUCCUAAAUUGACUGUUUAUUUGUAGGGUGUGUUCAUCGUUAAUUGACAUCGUGGGAUGUGACAAUGUGUGAAAUACCUUUACAUCAUUGAUAGGAAAUACAAUGAAUACAUCAACAGAAUAGUCUUUGAAAUAAUUGGGGAAAGGUUGUAACUUAGAUGAAUGCUUUUAGUUGUAUUGUGUUCUAUAACCGUUGAUUAGUUUGAUUUUGAAGCUCAGCGCUCAUCACUCAGCACAACACAAACAAUAGCAACUGAGUUAUAUAAAUGACUUUGGAUAUGUAGUUUGUACUGAAUUUCGUAUUAAUUAUGGUUUAUAACAUUUGAUAACUGUCUUCAGGCUUCUAUUUACAUGGUAAACUAUAAGAAGAUGGUUAUUUCAUGAUUUAUUCUCUAGAAAGUAAAACUUCAUAGAAACUUCAUACACAAUGUAGUGAAAGUCACCUACAUAAGGUUAGAGAAGAUAAAAUAAGAGAAAUUGGACGUCAAACGAUAAGUAUAUGAGAAGAAUGCUUUAUUAGUAAGUAUCGUCUAAAACUAUAUUUAUUAAUAAAUGUUAGUCGAAAAGUGUUAGAUCCUAAUGUCAGUGAUGUAAACACUACUAUUUGGUUUGUGUAGGAUUUCCACUCAAUUCUUCUAAUCUGAAUCUGUAUUGUUUGUUGUGAGAUAUGAUAGAGUUGCAUGAAUAAAAAGGGUGAACAUUUUUAUUAUCUUUCAGUGAGUUACUUUUUUGCUUUCUUAUUAAUCAGACAUUACAACGAAAACCUUUGGUUAGUGUAUUUGUAUAGUGUAGAUGCAUUAUAGAUAUCAUUUUAUGUUAUUAAUUCACACCGUUGUAUUCUAACUUUGUUGAUCUAAUCUUCUUACCUUAAAGCUUUUAUAUUUUAUUUAGAAACAAGUUAACAUUAAACUGAUGGCGUGUACUCAUUGUAAGCAAUAAAAAAAGGCUUAAUUCAAGCAUAUAACAGAGAAUGAAAUGGAAACCUAGUGUUUGAACUGUAUUCAACUUUUAACUAAGAUCAAAUAUUCGAAUCUCAUUCCACUUGGAAUGAUUUGGGUAACUCGGAUAGUACGUCUCAAAGCCCUAUUUAUAUUAAAUAUGUACUUGAUCAAUAAAUAAUAUUAAAUCAUAUGGACAGCUUAAAUUACUGUUCAAUGUUUCAUGAUUUUAUUUAUUUUUUUUUUAUUAUUAAUGGCUUUAUUCAAUAUUAUCUUUUUGGUACAAUAUAGAAUUCUCAGCACAGGGUAUUUCAACAAGUUACUUAUUGAACAACGAACAAAAAGGCAGUAGCAAAUACAAAAAGAAAUAAAAAAAGGUUUUUUUUAAAAAAAUAUUGAGUUUAUUAUCAUUUUUAUUGUUUUGAUUCAUUCGCUUUCUCUUGCAUUUUCCUUCUCUCAUCUUCCCUUCUUUCGCUUUUUCUCGUUGCUCUGAUAUAAAAUGUACCAACUUAAGCUAUAUACAUCCACAGUUUCGUGUCAGAUUCGACGUUUACACAUAUUACAUUUACUUAUUAAAUAAUUGAUGAUUAAAAUGUACACACAUACACACACAGACAUGAUGAAUUUACUUACUCUUUUAAGAAUGUGCUCGAAAUUCAUGAUGAAAAAUUAUAGGAUCAAAACUAGUGAGAAAAUGACACAUUCAUUAAAUUCCAAUAUUCCUUCAGUACGUUUUUUUUUACUUCUUGUAAAAGUUAUAUUCCGUUCUUUAUCCUUCUUUUUCUUUUUUUUUGAACAAAGCGGUAUCUAUGUGUUUGUUUAAAGCAAAUUGUGAACAAUUACUUUCGUUGUGAAAAAUAUACCCAAAGCAUUUUCAAAGUCUACAUUCCUUUCCAGGUCAACCAUUUAUCUGUCAUAAACGUCAAAUCGCUUUUUGAUGUUUCUCUGUAUCUUUGAUUUUGUGUGUGUGUGUGUGUAUGUAUGUAUGUAUGAGUGUUAAGUCACUUUAUUAUUGUAUACGAAUAUAUUUCUGUUUCUUUAUUAGUAUAAUUAUGCCUAAUCAUGAUUGUUGUUAAAAAUGACUGUUUAAUGAAUCUAAAACUUUCCUUCCACAAAAAAAACUGUGAAAGAAACAUGAGAUGGAUUGAAUUCACCAAGUUGAAUUGUGUUCUUUUUUUAAUAGUUGAUGAUGAUAGAUUAGGAUGAAUCGUUAGAAGGUCUGUUGGGGUUCUUACAUAUUAUCUACUUACUGGAAUCUCUCCAUUUCUUGGUGAAGAUAAAUAUAUCACAAUGCAAAAUAUUACUCAUAAUACAAUUACGUAUCCUGAUUCCCUUUUUAAUAAUCGUUCACCCGAUUCAAUUGACUUUAUUCAGCGCCUUCUACAACGUUCACCGACACAACGUAUGUCUGCCAAAGAAUGUCUCAAUCAUCCUUGGCUCCUCCAGUCAUUAAAUCAACCAAUCAUAAUCGAAACAGACAUUAGUCAUCAAUCAUCACAAACCACACUGUAUAAUAACAAGAAUAGUAGUAGUAGUAGUGAUCAUAAUGUGAAAUACGCUCUUGAAUUAUUCAGUGUAGAUCCAGUUGUUGAAAUUGUUGAUGAAUUUAUAUCACCACAUUGUUUAGCCCAGUUUAUAGUACAAUCUCCUGUAUAUAUUGUUCCAUAUGUAGAUGUUGUUAGUCAAACAAAUUUUUCUAAACUAAUGCCUUCAUUAAAAUUAUGUGUUAACUAUCUUCCUAUUAUCAACUCAGCAGCAUCUACACAUUUUACCUCUUCGAUAAACAACCACCCAUCAUCAUCCGAACAGUUUAUUAGAAAGAUAUCCAAAAAAUUAAUCAAUGGACAUUUCAAUCUACUUAAAAGUCUUUCCGAGUCAACCAAAAUUUGUUCAAGUAAUUCGAACAGUGGCAAUCGUUAUGUUGAUACUGAUAAGUGUUAUCAGUUGAUGAAUAGGCAUCCCAUCGGUAUACAUGAUGAAUCAAGAUCAUUAACCAGUUAUUCUAAACUAUCCAUCAACAACUUGUCAAAUUCUAACGUAGUUGAGUAUAAUAGUUGGAGAAACAACAAAUCGACUGAAAAUUGUGUAUCAAUUUAUUUGUUUAUUUCAAAUUAUUUACAAGAAUAUCAAUUAUUCUUAAUGUUUUGUGAUUUAAAUUAUUAUAAAUUACUUGAUCGUGAUUUUUAUUUCUUUAACCGUCAUAAUACUACUAAUAUUGUUGAUAGUAGUAGUAGUAGUAUCAAAGAUUCUAUUAAUACAAAUAUUGAAUUAUUUGUAAAUUCUCCAUUGUCAAGCAAAAUUCACCACCAGAAACAACAACAACCUAAUGAAAAUGAUAUAACUCAAAAUGUAAUGAAUAGAAAUUAUGAAAUGAAAGAAUUAAUUAAAAUAUCUAAAUAUACUACUGAUAUAAUGCCAAAAGUGAAUGAAAUUAUCCCGAAAAAUUUUAUAAAUUCACAUAUUUCCACAAUUCGUAUUGAAUUAAAUUCAUCAAUAAAAGAAAAAUUGAAACUAAUGAAUUCCUCAGAUGAUCAUUAUAAUUUUAAUCAUACAAGAGACUAUUUAUCCUAUGACUUUUCAAUCAACCAAUUCUCAACAUCAACCAAUUCAUCAACUGUUCAUUCAAUAAUUAUGACCGCUACCAAUUAAAAUGCCAUUAUCAACAAAACCAAACAACAAUUAUGAAAUUGUCUAAUAUUAGUCAAAUUAAAUAUAUAAAUUUACCAUUAUCAUGCAUAGUACAUCGUAUACAAUUAAUUAAGACAAGAUUAUUUCAUGAUUUAUUCAAUUGGAUUAAUUUAUUUUUAAGAAAUCUUUUAAAUUUAUUAUUUUUUUUAUUACCAUCAUUAUUUGGUAAAUAAAUUAAGAAAAAAAAUAAGAAGAAAAGAAGUUUAUUGAAAAUAAAUGAAAACAAAAAAAAGGAAAAAAAGUGGGGCGGGGGGGGUCGAGGGGGAGGAGACAUCAUUUUAUCUUACAUAUUAAUGAUUUCAGUUGAUAAUGAACUUGAAUCUGUCCAAUUUCUUGUUCAUUUAUUUUUUUUGCGUUAAUAUGUAGUGAUAAUUUUUCGUUUUCGCUCGUUUUUAAUCUUCUUCUUUUUGUUGUUGUUGUUCGUUUGUUUGUUUUUACUCAAUUCGUUUCUUUCUUGAUCUGUUAAUAUGUUUGUGUACAUGUUCACUUUCGACAAUAUUCAAAAUUCUAUUUCGAUUAUUGAAAUGAGAAGAAAAAAAGAAGAAGAAAAACUUUAAUAAAGAAAACUAAAUCUCUAGAAGAAAUUAAAUUGUAUAAAGGGUACACUUAUUUGAAACAAGUUUUGUAUGAUGUUUCUGUUCUCUCUUCUGUUCUCUCCCCCUUUCCUUUUUAUGUAUUAACUGUUAUAUAUUGUUCAGUUGAAAUCUACUAUACUACAAUUGCCUUUUUAGUGUCUAUUAAAUUUAAUCAUUUUAUUUAAUAAUAGACGAAUUUUCAAGUUCUUGAAUAUCGAGUAAUUCAAAUCGCUGAAUUGAUCCAUUCAUGAUAAACAAUAUGUAAUCUCUCAUCAUUUCGAAUAAAAUAUUAUUUCUGAUUGAACGAAUGACUUAAUGCGCCAUAAGCAUACUGUUUUUGUUGGUUUCAUUUAAUGACAGAUAAUUUUCUUUCUUUCUUUUCUGUUUGCCUAUGUAUGCUUUUUCUAAAAGACAUUCUGAUAUUACUUAUUUCUUAUAACAGCAUAUAUAUAUAUAUAUAUAUAUAUAUAUAUAUAUAUAUAUAUAUAUAUAUAUAUAUAUAUAUAUAUGAUAAAUAACUGCUCAAUAUAGUUGUAUUUUAGGAAUACAUUUUAAUUUUAUGGAAAAUGUUUAAUGGAGUAAUUCAAUACAUAUAUGAAGUGAUAAUUGUUAGUUGUUUUGUUAUAUCUAGAGCUUAGAUUUUUAAUAUGCCGCAUAUAACUUGAAUACUGGAAUGCUAGAACCCUCCCAAAUCACACAUGAGAAGACAGACGACAAGUGAAAGAAAUAAUAUUCCAAUUAAUAUCAAUUAUGGUACAAAACUGUCAGGUACUUAGUUUUUAGUAAGAAUGAAAUUAUUAUAGUCCUUCAAUCAGCAUACAGGGAGUUAUCAGCAUUUGUCCAAUAGGGAAGCUACAUGUAGGGAUUCUGAAAUAUUCUUCCGAAAGAUGAUUGGAUGGAAUAUGUUCUGCUCUUUCUGAGCUUCUUAGAGCUUCCUCGAGUACACUCAUGAACCGUCCUCACAUGUUUUCAAUAUUUUUUAGUUCAUAAUUGGAUAUGUAGAUAAACAUUAUACUAUAGAUAAUUUUUACAGUGUGAC